CGGCGGCCUCCGGGCGCGCGGGUGCGGGGGGCCGGCAGGUGCUGUCACUAGUCCCGCCCCAGUAAAGAGCAGCUGUGGCUGAGUGGUCAUGGGGGAGCCGGGGCGAGAGGAGUAUAAGAUCCAGUCUUUUGAUGUGGAGACCCAGCAGCUGCUGAAGACAGCACUCAAAGAUCCUGGGGCCGUGGACCUGGAGAAAGUGGCCAACGUGAUCGUGGACCAUUCGCUACAGGACUGUGUGUUCAGCAAGGAAGCAGGACGCAUGUGCUAUGCCAUUAUCCAGGCGGAGAGCAAGCAAACAGGCCAAAGCGGCUUCCGCCGUGGACUCCUCAACCGGUUGCAGCAGGAGUAUCAGGCUCGGGAGCAGCUCCGAGCCCGCUCCCUGCAGGGCUGGGUCUGCUACGUCACCUUCAUCUGCAACAUCUUCGAUUACCUGAGGGUGAACAACAUGCCCAUGAUGGCCCUGGUGAACCCCGUCUAUGACUGCCUCUUCCGGCUGGCCCAGCCCGACAGCCUGAGCAAGGAGGAGGAGGUGGACUGCCUGGUGCUGCAGCUGCACCGGGUUGGGGAACAGCUGGAGAAGAUGAACGGGCAGCGCAUGGAUGAGCUCUUUGUCCUGAUCCGGGACGGCUUCCUGCUCCCCUCGGGCCUCAGUUCCCUGGCCCAGCUGCUGCUGCUGGAGAUCAUCGAGUUCCGGGCAGCCGGCUGGAAGACCACCCCCGCCGCCCACAAGUAUUACUACAGCGAGGUGUCUGACUAGGCUCCGGCGGGGCCUCCUCACCCACAGCACUAGCCUGUCUUCUGUCCCCCUCCACCCUGGCAGGGGGUUUGCCCCCGACACUCCCCAAGACUUCUUCCUUCCAGACUUCAGCAGCUUAUACUGAGGUUUUCCCACUUAUGUCCUGGGCCUGCGCGGAGCACCUUCCCUCAGCCAUGGGCCUCAACACCAGGCCGACCUGCUCUUCCGGCUCAGCUGUUCCUCCCCCCGCAGGCCCACGCCUUCACCUGGGCCAGAAAGAGAAGGUCCACACCUCACACCCACCUGCAACUGCUACCUUGGUGCCUCAGUUUCCCCAACUGUAAAACGGGCACAUAAAGCCACUGGCGGGCUGUUUGGGGUGUCAGGGGGCAGAGGCAGAGUACAAGUCCCACCAAAAUCUUUUAUACAUUUUGUACAAGAACCACCUUGGAAGCAAGCCUGUGAUCUCGUCAGUUUUAAUGAAUGGCAGCCACGUCAGUGCCACACCCGCUCGGGGUGAGAUUUUCUAAUAAACCAUUUGUUACUAAAACAACUUCCUU